AUGGAAAUAUCAAGUUGUCUGAAAGUUUUGGAAGAUAAAAUUAAGUCUAUAGAUGAUUUGGUUGAUGAGCAAGAUGACAUACAGCAGUAUAUUCGUCGCGACUGUGUGGAGAUUACCGGCGUCCCAAUGCUGCCUGUCGAUAAGCCGAAGGAAAUUGUAAAGGAAAUUGGCCAGCUCAUGGGAAUUGAGAUCGCAGAUCAUCAAAUUUCUACCGCACACCGCCUUCCCCCAACUCGUAAGGUAAAGGACAAGCUCAUUGUUAAGUUUGUGCAUCGGGAUACUAAAGACUUGUUCUAUAAAAAACGAAGUAAAUUGGUUGGCAAGAAGUCAAAUGAUUUGCCACUGGUUAAGCGUGAGUACGAAAAUAACAAUCGUGAAUUUAAUAAUAUUUAUGUAAACGAAUCACUAACUGCACGUAGGCGAAAACUGUUUGGACGUGUAAAUGAGUUCAAGCGAUCAGAGAGAUGGAAGCAUACCUGGACUAUAAAUGGAAAAAUUAUGUUACGGGAAGAGGAUGCUUCUCGUGUUUUUAGUUUUGUACAUGCCAGGGACUUCGAUGCUUUCUUGAACGAAUCUUUUUAA